CGGAUGUUUGUGCACGGACCACUGAACAAACGAGCAAAACACCUUCACCUGCGCCUUUCCUCCCUCCGCCUUUCUCUCCUCUCUACUCUCUUCCUACUCUUCUCAUGAUCCUUCAAGAAUCCACCAAGAUGGACGAUAAGAUCGAUCAAGAAACGCUACAGAUGAUGGUAUCCUUGGAGCUUCAGGAUGCCGAUUCACAAAUGAAAGGAAAACACCGCGAGGGCGAUCCUCCUCCCGAUGCCGAAAUCGCAGCUUGGCUCUAUGAGCAAGAACUGUUGUCACUGGAGACAUUUUACGCGGAUCGUGACUUGAAUAGCGGGUUUGCAUCAUCGUAGGAUAAUGAUGACCAGCCUCAGGCCACUGCUGGACCUGCACCCAGACAAGAAGCACUGGCCGAUCCGUUCACUACGGCUACCAGAGCCAG